GAUGCUCUUCUCCUCUUCAUGCCUUCAAAAGCCUUAAAUCUGAUUGUGUCAAGGCCCUGAGAGCUCUUAAUUCUCAGGGUUCACUAACGCACAGAGCCUUCAUGCAAUCCCUGCAAAUCUCUCGGCUUUCAUUCUUUAUUUAGACAUUUUCAGAGAUUCAUUGUUCUAGGGAUUGGAAGGGCCCCUUUUUCCCAAAUUUGGGCGAAAAUGGGGUCCAAUUCGUUGUUAAAUUACGAUUGGGUCAACGAUGUUGGAGGUUCUGACGCAGAAUUCAAUUGGGCUCUUGAUGGUUUUAACGAUCUUCCCAAUGUCGGUGUGGAGAUUGCUGAUGGAUACACAGAUUUUGAUGGAGGUAUCGAGAAUAAUAACUCCAGGAAAAGAAUGAGGGAUGAAUCAUGCACAGGACUUAGGUCUAAAGCAUUUCGGGAGAAAAUGAGAAGAGAGAGAUUGAAUGAUAGGUUUUUGGAAUUGGGUACUGUUCUUGAGCCUGGCAGACCUCCUAAAACUGAUAAAGCUACUAUUUUAAGUGAUGCCGUUCGUGCUCUGGUACAGCUUAGGACUGAAGCACAGCAGCUGAAAGAAACAAAUGAAAAGCUUCAGGAGAAUAUUAAAGAUCUUAAGGUGGAGAAAAAUGAACUCAGGAACGAAAAGAUAAAUCUGAAGGCAGAGAAGGAGAAAUUAGAAGAGCAGGUUAAAGCAAUGAGUUUACCACCAGUUGGAUUCAUGCCACACCCUGUUGCAUUUUCUGCAGCUGCAUUUGCUGCACAGAGUCAAGCUGCCUCAAACAAGAUAGCAGCCCCCUUCCCUGGAUUUCCUGGUGCAGCCAUGUGGCAGUGGAUGCCUCCUGCUGUUGUGGACACUUCACAAGACCACAAAUUACGGCCUCCUGUUGCCUGAUGAAUCAGAGGGGUAUUAAAUCCCAAUUUUUCCCCUGUUUUUUUUUAAUGGAUUCCUCCUCUCCCCCCCCCCUCCCACCCCUUAAUGGAACUUGGUCCCCAACAUCUUGUUGCUAACAAGUUUUUUUUUGCCCCGGAUAAAUAUUCUA